GUUUCAUUCUAAUGAACUUUUUGACGUUUGCAUUUGACAUUUGUUUAUUAUAAAAGUUUAUAUUUGGCGAAUUUGGCCCAUUUUUUGAAACUUAAAUUUCAUAAAUAAAAUAAACAAAUUCCUGUAUCAAAGGUCUUAGUUUAACCAUAAAAAAUGAUUCGAUUUAUCCUUAUCCAAAACAGAGCUGGAAAGACCCGGUUAGCUAAAUGGUAUAUGAACUUUGAUGAUGAUGAAAAGCAAAAAUUAAUUGAGGAAGUUCAUGCAGUAGUUACUGUCCGAGAUGCAAAACAUACCAACUUUGUAGAGUUCAGGAACUUCAAAAUAGUGUACAGGAGGUAUGCUGGUCUCUAUUUCUGCAUUUGCGUGGACGUAAAUGAUAACAAUUUAUGUUAUUUAGAAGCUAUUCAUAAUUUUGUAGAGGUUUUAAAUGAAUAUUUCCACAAUGUAUGUGAGCUAGACUUAGUUUUCAAUUUUUAUAAGGUAUAUACUGUGGUGGAUGAAAUGUUUUUGGCCGGUGAAAUUCGGGAAACAUCCCAAACAAAGGUGUUAAAGCAGUUAUUGAUGUUAAAUUCAUUAGAGUAGAUAUUCCUUGUUACAUGUUUUGUGUAUAAGAAUUAUUAUUGAUAGUUUAUACGUUGUGUAUGUAAGCAAUUAUUGAUCUUUCUUUAUAAAUAUUAUAUGAAAGUGCUUUAGUUAUAAUAGUCCUUGUUACUUUUUUAUAAGUUUUUAUUUAAUGUAUUGUAUCUCACAGAAUGUCUUAUAAAACUCAUAUUGUAGA